GGUAACUCCACUAUCCUCCCCCCUGCAGCAGCUCUGGAGCCAGUUGGAGUUUAGUUUUCUCUCUGCAAGGAGCAACAGCAAGAGAUAACCUACAAAUGACUCUAACUUGACGUAGAAGACAAGGCCGCUGGGAGUUUCAAGAAGAACGACAUGGGAUGGUACUUAUGUCCAACCACUAGACGCUAACUCAACGCAGUGAGAAGCAUCAGCAGGGGGUACAGUGAAGGACGGCAGUCAUCAUGAUCGACCUGAGCUUCCUGUCAGAGGAGGAGCAGGAGACCGUUCUGUCUGUGCUGAAAAGAGAUGCUGAGCUGAAGAAGACUGAGGAGCAGCGUGUCCAGAAUUUGCAGAAGACUGUGAGUGACAAAAGCCAGCUGAGGUACCUGACUGGAGAAUGGUUCUAUGAGACCAAGCAACUUCGCCAUCCGGAUCGCAUCCAUGGCUCCGACAUCAUCAGGGCGUCUAUGAGGCACACACAUAAACCACUAACUCUAUUGGAACUGUCACAGAUGUUGCCUGAGAAGUCCAGUUUUGUCAGCAGUGAAAAUAAAGAAGUAUUUGUCCCACCGGUACUCUGUGGACUCCUUCAGGAACCUCAUGUGCAGCUUAACAUGGAGGGGGAUCAUAACCUGAAUGAUUAUAAAUCCCUGCAAGAUUCUGCAAAACCAGGUUUACAGUCACCUACAAAGAGAAAAAAUCCAUUCAACAGUGAGCUUCCUUUUAAAGAAAAGGAUAAUGAGUUACUGGAUGGAACAGUAAAUCAAAGCCAGACACCAAAUGAGAAUGUCUCUGAGCGUUAUCAUUUGGAAAUACUAAGCCCUGCAGUGUCUAGCUUUGUUUCUGCUGAGCGGGAGUCAGGUAAGCCUGUACACCUGGAGACAGUGUCUGAAGAGGACUGUCCAUCUCAGGAUGAUUCCACAGACUGGUCAGCCAGACACAGCAUUUGUUCUGUUGAUGCCACCUCAGAUACCAAGCCCUCACAUAAUGGCAGUUCUAUGAGUUCCUCUCUUGCUGUCUCACCAAAACCUAAACAGAGACUGAUUAGAAUUUUCAGAAGACAGCAGGAUAAACAAAAAGAAGAGCUGAAUAUAUCGAAACAGAAAGACCCAAGUGUCACACAGAAUCUCUCCAAAAUGGCUGCAGAUGUGCCUAUGGACAAACCUGCAAGUGUCAAACAAGAAGCUAAACCCCCUGAAAAAGUGGACGUCAGAACACUGCAACUUACAGCACUGCAGAACACUCCAUUUAAAGAAACAGUGACCUCAGCAGAUUCGAGCACUCAGCCGGAAGCGACAAAAGGCAGAAAUACUCCAUUUUCAGCGAGACUAUUCAAUCAGGAAGCAUUCUUCAAGAGAGAAAACACUGGCCCAAAAAUCAUGUUUGCCAGAGAUGGGGCAAGACAGGACAACAUUGCCAAGACAGAAGUAGUAGCUUCACAGUGCCCUCAGAUUAUCUCUCAGAAGAAGAACAUAAACAACGUCUCACCUCAAACGGAAAUGACAAUGGACCAGUCCGAAGACAAGAGUUUGUCCCCACAGACUGUCGGCAGUGUCUUAGUAGAUUUAUCGAGAGAUGAUGGCACAUAUAGAGCUAAUCCAGUCUUCAUCGAUGAAGAAACAUGUGCCUCUUUGACAGGCUCAGUAACAGAGUCCCAGGUUUCUGAACCAGAAGAAAAUAUCAUCUCCCCUGUACUGCCCACUGUAGCUGUUAACACCCAAAAGCUAGAGCAAGAUAUUACAGUUCCCCUUCCAAGGCAGUCCAGUUCAACUCAUCAGGAAGGCCAGCUAGCCAAGAUCAGUGAGCCUGAGCAUUUCGGGAAGAAGGACUAUACUAGACCCAAGAUAAUCCCAGGAGUCAAGGAAGCUUCAAGCAGUUCAAUAAUUAUACACAAACCAGUUUCCCCCCAGUUUGACCUCAGAUCAACUUUAGACAAUGAAGAAAUGUCUGGGACAGAGACAGAAACACCCUCAUACAAAACCAAGUCUAAUGUCUUGAAAUCAUUAAAAGUGACAGACAAGGGGUUUGUCAGUCAGAGUCUAGACAGAUCACAGCUUAGAAGCACUGGCGGUACGGUAGAUGUACCGUCACCAUGUCACAAAUAUCAAGUCAAGGUUGAUACAGAGGCUCAAGAAAGACCCCUUAGUCCAAGUAAAUCCCAGACUCCAGGAUCAAAAGACAAGGAUGAAACACUCAGGAGGAGUCCAUUGAAGACAUGCCACCCAAAGGUCCUACCUCGAGAAUCCUCCAGUGCUAAGCGAUCCUGGCAGGAAGACUCUCCCCUGAAAACGUUUUCAAUAGACAUCAGCCCCCAAACAAAAGCCACUGAGGACCAACAAGGGAAGCCAACACCAGUGCCAAGACAGAGGAGGAGUCCCUCACAUGCAGCAAAGCAGACAUUGUCCCAAGACACUGACCUUAGCAUAGACAUCACCUAUCCCCCUUUACCUUCACAUCAAAGUAGUUCAGAUUCCUCCACUUCACCACACUCCAAAAAAGCUUCAGAGAAGAAUUUGAGUACCUUUACACGUCUUGCCAGAUCUUUCAUUCCUCAAGACCAUCAGCACUAUCUUGGCCCAAAUGAGAAGGCACACAUUCCUCGUUUUAAUCAGACCAAUGCAGAAAGUGAAGCUGUAUACAGACCACAAAGUGCCAACAGAGAUUUAGCGGGAAACCAGAGUGGAAAUCCCACUGAGGGAAGUCCACCUGGAAUGAGUUCUUGGGCUGUGCAAAACAAAGAUGGAAAUUCCUUCCAAGAUGCUGCAACCGGGGCCUGGUCUCUGUCUCGAGCAAGUUCAGGCAGUCAUAGUGAGAGUUCUAGUCCCAUCAUGUCAGCUCUUAAACAAUUAUCUCCAAGAAAUGUGACGUCAUCCAGAAGUCUGGAAAAGCUUGCCUCAGAAACAAGAGAAGGGAGAACCCACAGUAACUCAAGAGAACAAAUGAAUCUAAGUGUGGAUGAUGUUUCUUCACUUUCACCAUCAGACUCUACUCUCUCCCAUCCAGUGAUAAAAACCAGUGCGUCAGUGCCUGCCCUUCAGCAGAAUGAGACAGACAGUGACGGUGCUUUUGACACCAACUUGGGAUUUACAAGAAAAGCCAGCAGCUCCAUGUCUAACAUGAGUAUCUCCUCGGGAUUGGCCUCCAUGUCGUCUGUCAGUGGCAGCAUCAGCAGCAUUUACCCUUCUGACUUUGGUGACAUUGAAGUCCAGGGAAGCAUCCAGUUUGCUGUGAACUACAUUCAGAACCUUGGAGAGUUCCACAUCUUUGUGGUGCUCUGCAGAGAUCUGGCAGUGGCCGACAACAAAAAGAACUGCUCUGACCCGUAUGUGAAAUGUUAUCUUCUUCCUGAUAAAACAAAGUUGGGAAAGAGAAAAACCACUGUUAAAAAGAAGAUGUUAAAUCCAACCUACAAUGAAAUCCUCAGGUUUAAAAUCCUAAUGGAGGUGUUGAAAACUCAGAAUCUGAACAUCUCAGUCUGGCACAACAACACUUUUGGGCGAAACAGCUUCCUGGGUGAGGUGGACCUGGAUUUGUCAGAGUGGGACUUCAGAAACACACAGAUAAAUGAUUAUACAUUAAAAGCCAGGAUCUCUGCACAGACUUCAGCACCUUCUCCCUCACGUCCAAACGACAAUAGAGGUCAGAUGAGAGUCGCACUGAGGUUCCUGCCGCAGACAACCCACAGAAAGACCACAUCUAGGAUGAAGACUGGUGAGGUGCAGAUUUGGGUGAAAGACUGCAAGAAUCUUCCUCCAGUCAGAGGAGUCAUUAUUGACCCAUUUGUGAAGUGCACUGUGCUUCCUGACACUAGCCGGAAGAGCCGACAGAAAACCCGUGUGGUAAAGAGGACAGCCAACCCCAUGUUUAACCACACCAUGGUGUACGAUGGCUUUCGACCAGAGGACCUCAGAGAGGCCUGUGUGGAAAUCACGGUGUGGGAUUACGACCGACUGCAUAACCACUACAUUGGCGGUCUGAGACUUGGGCUCGGGACAGGGAAGAGUUACGGAGUGGAAGUGGCUUGGAUGGAUUCAACGCCAGAUGAAGCAAAUUUAUGGCAAAGGAUGUUACAGUCUGACGGUGAAUGGGUGGAGGAUGAUUUACCUCUGAGAAUGUUGGUGAUGGCAAAGACCAUGUCAAAGUGAGGUUGUAUAAAAUAUGUUGAUAAAUGUGGGGAAACUAUGGGAGCAUAGUGGAUGGACUGAUAUACUAUACGCUAUGAGUGGAAGCAGCAGCCACAAUCAACAGCACAUGUGGAUUUGUAUACCUGAUGAAUACCACAUGAUAAAUUAAUAUAAUACUCAAGCUACUGUAGUUUGUAUAGCCGGAAUCAUGCACUUAAUUUGUCACCCACAAAAUGAUAAGUACUUAAUAAGAUCAUGCAAAUUUUAUAGCAUACAAUUUUGAUCUGAAAAGGUAUUUGAUGUGAGGACUAAUGAUUUGUAUAUUGUAUAACAUGAUUACUGCAAAUCCUCAAUAAACUGAAUGCUGAUGUAACCUGUAA